AUGUUCACUCAUCACCCUGAUCUUCGUCGCUAUUUUAAGGGAGCCGAAUCAUUUACGGCCGAAGACGUUCAAAAAAGCGAGAGGUUUGAGAAACAAGGUCAAAGAAUAUUGCUCGCUGUUUAUCUACUCGCCAACACUUUUGAUGAUGAAGAAACAUUCCGCGCGUAUGCACGUGAAACUGUGAACAGACACCGCGUCUAUAAGAUGGAUCCGGCACUGUGGGGGGCCUUCUUCACAGUGUUUGUGAACUUUCUGGAUUCUCGUGCUGCUUUAACCGACGAACAGAAAGCCGCAUGGAAGGAGCUCGCCAAAGUGUUCGACGAAGAAUGUCAGAGCCAUUUGAAAGACCUCGGCCUACCUCAUGUUUAA